GCUUCUAAUACCUAAGCAAGUAUCAAGUGAGUCUCUCAAAUUUCACUCAAAAUCACGAAAUGUAGGCAAGCUGUGACCCUCGAUCCCACUGGUCAAAAUCAAUAGGAAACUUUGCUGAGGUGAUACGACGAGAAAAAUAAUUUCUGAAUAACCAACGCACUUGGCCCAGAUGGUGAUGUACACUUUUUCCUGAGGACAAGGGCGAGAGAAAGAUGAAGCUGGUCGCAAAAAGGACAAACUUCCUCUAACUGGACCAUAAGAGAUUAUUUCAGGCUUCUCCAACAGUGACUUAGUUCACUGCACAACGUUCAUCCAGCAUAGAGUACAAAAUAUCUUGUCCACAACUACAGUGUGAACAUGACAAGCAGUAACAAUUUCAGUAUGAGUACAUUACUGCCAUCCACAGCACCCUUGAGUGAUUCCACAGUAAAAACAAGCAAUGUCGAGAGUGGAUUGGUCUUUGUAGUUUUGUCUUGUCUUUGUGCUAGCCUGUGGUCAAUCUACAUCACAUUCUACCAUUCGCGUGUAAUGGGUUUCAUUCUUACCAAGCUGAUAAAUUUCAAGUACAUUAAGGAUGGACAGUACUUUAAAAUUGGCUCAUUUUCCUUUUCAAUAUUGUCUGGGAAGAUCAUGUUCAGAGAUGUUGUGUAUGUAACUAAAGAUCUCAGUUUUAGGGUUAUUGAUGGCAUAGCAAUCUUUAAGUAUUGGAUUACAUACAAACCAGAGUUGUCAAAGAAGCCGCCUUACCAGCAUGAACCAUCAGAGAUAGAAGUUGCCACUAAGCAACGUCUCACAGUGUGGUUAAAUGGUCUGGAGUAUCAUGUUUAUAACAGGUCUCGUUUGUACAGCAGACUGGAAGAACUCUUUAGAGUUGAAAGAUAUGGAGAUGCAGCUAAAUCAGCCCUGAACAUUUCUGUAAGCCCUACUGUUGAACCAAAGGUGGAUGUAGAAAAGGGACAAGGAGAUGUUAAUGGUGGAUUGCCCACAUGGCUUCUGGAGCUUGUUCCAGCUGUCAAGUUUGAUGUCAAUAGUGGAAGGGUUGCCUUUGGAAAUAGGUUGCUAGAGACCACUUUGUGUUUCAAGUUUGAGAGUGCCACAGGAAUUUACACAACAUCCCAGGCUCACUCGUCUCUAGACGAGUUUAUGCAUAUUGUUAAGUGUCAAGGGAAAAACGUCCGAGUGAUGCUUUCGCCAAGCCCAUCUUACAGUGGACCGAUAGAUGAACCCCCUCGAUAUAUGGGAGAAGGUUUUGUUGUCCUUCAAACUGCUGACUGUAAAAUCACUUACUAUCAAGAUGAACCAGGUUAUGUUCCCGAGGUCAAAGCCGAAAAUGAGGAAGAAUUACCAGACAGCGAUCCUCACUGGGGAAUCGAUGUUGUCUUUCUCAAGAACACCACCUUGUGCUAUGGCCCUUGGGUUGAUAGACAACGAGAUGCAUUGCAGAAGUUCUUCUACCCUUUUGACUAUCAAGAGAUUCAAGUCACGAAACCGCUAGUCCCUGGCCAGAGGCGAGUCCACACCGGACUGGAUGUUAAAUUUGACUUUGAGUGUGACUCUACACUUGAUAUUUUAUUUUCCAAGAAUAGGGUCACUAAGGCUCUUCACCUGUGCGUGGGGUCUGGGUCACAUGUUCGAGUAUACCAGCCGUGGACUGUGAACGAGUAUGGUUAUACUACUUCAGUCGUGGCCAAGUUAUUCCAAGUCGAAGCUACGACCAGUCUGGCCUAUAGGAAGCUCAUUGAUGCAGACAUGAUGGAUCUGGCCUUCCACAUGUCUUUCCCCCGCAUUUGGAAUCAAACACAGCACUGGUCAUGUGAUAUCACCCUUCAGAAAGUCACAUGGAGUUUCAUCUUUGCGCACAAGUUCUUCUUCCAAGAGAUGAUCGAAGACUGGACAAUGAACUACAAACCGGAUCUACUGACCUUUGUGCCUUAUGAGUGGUCAUUUAACAUCAUACUGCGAGACUUUGAGAUGGUUUGGUUGGGAAAUCAGCACAAUUGGAUUGAAUGCACGUCAAAUAAACAAGAAAAUGCUGAGCUGGCCUUCUGUGGUGAGGUGUUCGACUUAACAUUUGUCCUCCAGUACUUCCGCUUCAUACCGGAAAUAGAAGAAAUCAAGUUCUUUCUACAGGCCGAGAAGCUGGUUGCCAGAAUGUUUGUCCCGGAGUCAAACACUCUCAGACGCAGCCUGUUAUCGCUGGCUCGUACCUCGGAGAAGAAACGGGAACAGGGUCUUAGAUCGCGCUCAUCAACUACCACGGGUAACAUAGAUGAGGCGGUUGAGAGUGCCGAUGAACAGCCUAUCACAAGCACAACUGAGGAGACCAUCAGUGGAGGAUGGAGGCGGCACACCGACGAAAGUCUUGGGUGGGUGGAUGUGAUGUCCGUUCCCAUCCUGGGGCUGUCCUUGGGGUACAUGUAUCAUCCUAUGUAUCCGAGCCCCAAGUUUGAGGUACCUCGCGGGGAGGAACUUCCUUGUGACCCCACACAGUGGGAACCUGACGUCAUCAGCCUGGAACUGGAAGCUGGACCAGCCGCACUCAAGGUGUUUGGCUCAUUGUUGGCUAUGCUCGCAGCCAUUAAGGAGAACUACUUUGGCAUUAACCAAGAGUUUAAAGAGCUCGGCAUCAAGUACAAUCGAGAAGAAUCAGUGAGCGACACUACACUGGGCUCAGGCAGCAAGGACACAAUUAACUUACUAACCUUGAGGCCGAUGGAAGCUAACAUCAUCCUGACACUUUCUGAUGUCAAGGCGGAAUUAACUAAGCAUUGUGGUCCCGGCGAGCCAUCAAGUCCGCUUUUGCUGAUGGAGAGACUGUCGUUUGAGAUGCACAAGACGUACACAGAGACUCGGUUACAGUUACAUCUGAGUCCUGCCACAAUCGUUCUUGUUGACGGCAAUGAACGCGGUAGUGUGAACCACAAUCUGUCCCAGGGUCAUCUGAGUUUGUCUGGACUCCAACUCCGUGGUCACGCUAUGUUCUCUAAUCUGGAUAGACCACCUGACUGUGAGACUUUGGAGUACGCAUGGCUUGUAGAGAUACAGCUGGGCAUACUGUCUGGAAGGCUCACCAUGCCACAGCUCCAAGCCAUGGCGAACUGGGUACAAACGUUUGCCUUUCACGUCAUCAACAAAGAGAACGACCUGGGACCUAGUACCCCGUAUGUCCAAUGCAUUCACGGUAAACAACAAAAUGUUUGCGAGAGAAGGCACAAGAAGCGAAAGGUGCCUAGAGACGUGGAUCAUAGUGUAGAGACCAACGAGGGGUCCUUGCCAAAAGGAACCUUGAAAAGAUCAAAGAGCUCCCUUCAGCUGUGUAUCCCUGAAAGUGACGUGAAGUAUCAAAUGACAAGGGUCUCUGUGGGGAACAUUAAUUUGUUCCUUGUUGAGACUGGGUCUGCGUGUAAUCUGGAGGUUUUUCCUGUCAGACUCGCCACAUGCAGUCUUCAUAGUUCAGAGUCCAGCUCGGGUGUAAGUUUGUUCGUUCAAACGGUUAAACUCCGCCAGUUUGUUUGUACUCCGUGGCCAGAGAGGACGCAAGAAAUUCUCGGCGACGUGCGGCGGCCAUUGUCCUUGGUAGAAAAUUCAUCCUGGCUUCAGGCGGCUGCUGCACAACUUGGACCAAUCGUUUCUGAUAUAUCGAGCGCAACGUCUCACCCGGAACUAUACCAGGAGCAAAAGGAUUUCCUGGAGAUGCAUGAUGCAAGGUUCCAGCGGCUGUGGUUUCUGUGGCAACCUCAGGAGCAGUUGCCUGGUAGAAGACGGGGUUGUUGUGGUUGUACCGGCGGUUGCAACUUUUUCGGCAAAAAUUUCAAUGGUCCACGAUUCUUCACGGCUGAUAAAUUAGACGCCAGCGAAAACGACAUCGGAAUUGGCGGAUUUGGCAGUGAGACAGGUUUCUAUGACGACGGCGACAUCGUGGACAGUGGUGCCAGGCCUCUUAUGUAUUCUCGGAGUGCCGACCUAGAUGCCCUGGACUCUAAUUAUUUUGAUCGGUCGCCCGUUGGCUCGAUAGAAGCAUUUACGCGCCGGCGAUACCAUAUUUCUGGGUCAGAGGGAAGCUCUCCAAAAGCAAGAAGGGUUAUCCACGCGCCCUCAAAUGAGGAAGCCUACGAGGAACUCGGGAUAGAUGACGAUGUUAGCCCCAUGCCCUCUCGUCUUAGCUGGUGUGAAUCGAUUCAGCGCGAGGAGUCCAAUAUUUCCAACAUGCAUGAAAAAAUGCGCCGCAUUAGGAGCACGAGUCUCCAAGGGUCAAAGCAGAGCUUGGGGCAGAGUAGGAACCAAUCUACCUCCAAAUCACCCCAUGGCGCAUUGCAGAGGACUGAGUCUCACUUCUCUCGUGGAAGCGAGGCUUCGUUUUAUUCCUGUGGUAGCCUGUUGGAUGAAAUUGAUAUGAGGCCUGCUAGUUCAAGGGUAAAUUCUCUCGAGUCGUUUGUAUCUGCUGUAGAGGAACCAGAUGACCUCAUGAAGUUCGACGACGAGAUGCUUUCUCCGUCUCGUUUUGUUAUCACAUCUCCAAGUCUGGUUUACAAAUACUCACAGCAUCUGGGACAAUUGGAAUGUUUGAACUGGAAUUCACCUCUGAUGAUUCCAGCUGAGCAGCGACUGUUUAGCAUCACAAACAACUUAAAGGAGACAGAACCUCAAGAAGACUUUGUCAUUCCCGGAGUUCCCCAGUUUACUUACCAAGACGGCGAGAAGAUCGAGUUUCCUCUGCUCGUCAAGAAAACUCAGAAGAGGACAGAUCAUGACGAUUGGGAGGAGGAAGAAGAUUCAUCUUCCAGUGCCGAAUCUUUAUUUUCCCCCAAUGUCUCAGUGAAGGCAACGAGCUCUGCACAGGAAACCCAAGGAGAGGCGAAAAACGAUGAUGCCAGUUCUGGAGUAUUAGACGUAAGUGAACGUGAUUCCAAUCUCAAAACUCGAUGGAACUCAGCUAUCAAUCAACAGGACAGAACGUCGGCCAGUUCCAGCUCGGAAUGCUCCCCAGAUCACACUCUCAGGAAGACAAAAAAGUCACGCAACGAAGAAACUGUAUUGUUACGCUUUGUUGGGGACAUAAAUAUCCUCGUCACGCCAUUGUUGUUGGAGGCUUUGCAGAGGUACGUGUCCUCAAUUUCUCGACAGGACAAUAUUUUGCAUCCGGCCCUUGUUGUAGAUCUGGUGCAUGACAAAUGUGUGGAUGCCACUGAAAGCCUGUACGACAGGCGUGAGGUAGAAGCACCCUUAGGUUCGCCAACCGUAGCUCCGGUUAUUGAGGAACCCAAACAAAAACAGAUGGUUGUUUCGUUUUCAACUUCAAAGAUCAACUUUUGUUUUCUACAAGUUGCAUCUGUUGAGCACAGUGAAAUUCCAGGCUCUCCGGAAUGCUUCGUAGAAGAAGAAAAGUCGCCGUCGGUGUCUUUAUUGGCGGGAACCGUUAGUGGCAUCACGGCGGAACUUCUGUCUGUUAGGCGGAAGCCUGCAGCGGAGGAGACCGAGGUGCCGAGGAGAGAUUCCAAUGUGUCAUACACGAUUGCCCCUUCGAGCGCCAAACAAACUGCUAAAACUGUUGAUCUGCAAUCCUUGUCCAAAGAAGAAUCUAUGUUACCUUAUAAGAAGGUACCGCGUCAUCGGAACACCAUGACAACCGGUCAUGCCUCCUGUGCGCAAAUUCACUUUCAAUUGCGGAAGUUGUGUGACAAAGAGGACAUUGAGAAUUGCGUGACAACUGCGAUAGCUGAAGAGUCGGCACGAUGCAAGUUCCAAGUAAACAACAGCAGUUAUAUAAGCUUCUCAGACCCCUUUGAAACGCAUAGUGUCGAGCGCGGAAAAACACUUAGUUUAUUAAUGCUGGAAUGCGGCCUCGAUAACGUUUCAUUCAAAGCCGGAAGUGAGUGUGCGAGCGGAAGUGAAGUGUUGCCGAAAAUAAGGGAGAAAAGGCGAGCCGCUGGCCAUCAAAGUAAGGUGAACAGGCUCCCGUUUGGAGAAAAGAGCAAGGGAGGAAAUAUAGAAGCUCACGGGUUUAACAAUCCUAUGUUUGAUACAGAGUUAGGUGUGGCUGGAAUUCGCUCAUCCCUCGCUGAACAGGAACAAGGAUCAGACACGAGUUUGAGUCGAGCUAGUUCUUUGCCGUCGAGUCGUGGAUCCGUCAGCAGCCGUAGCAGUGGAAAUGAUUCUGACAAAGAAAGCGAUGCUGAUGACGAUGUUACCAGGCCUCUACUUCGUCCAGGAGAUCGCGUCGCGGUAAAAGGAAAAGAAAAUUCAGACUUGAUUAAACAGGGGGAGAUCGAACCGAAAGACGCAGAUCUCGCGCGGCGAACGGACGUAGCCAUGAAUUUCACCAACAUCUGGUUCAAUCUGUCGUCGCCCUCUUCUUUGAAAACUGUUCCCUCAAACUAUCACUUAUACAAUAGUCUCGUCACGACUGCAGUGCCUUUCGUGACAGCCUGGAUCCCGUCUGUCACACAACUGAAGUCAACUCUCAAUAAAUUGGAAGAGAAUCAACAACGAUUUCUAAAGAGCUUGUUUGCUUGUCUGCUGGCUCAGGCGCUACCUGAGUAUGGACGGAUUCCCAAAGCGCACACUGUAACCCGUGGUUCGACGGAGAAAUCCAAAUUUUUACAAGAGGACCACUCCAGCCAACUUAUUUAUAUACUCCGAAGGCAGCUAACAGGCUCCAAACUCAACAAAAUAAAACACUCGCUAGCUGAGAAAGCAAAUAUCCCAGAAAACGAAAACCUUGCUAAAGGAAUCUUCGCCCUGGCAAGACAAUGGAAGUGUUUUCUGGCGGGAACUGAGGCAGGUGAAGUCGCGUUCUACGGGUCCAGUUCACUGAAGCGUCGGGUAGUCGGACGUGGAGUACUGACUCAAAGAGACAGGGCUAUUUUACUGAGGGAGGAGAGGGUGAGUAGGCAAGAAGACACGCCAUUGGAUUUGAACAUUCCACAAGUAACAGAGACAGCAAAGGAGCGUCCGUUGUUAACUAAAGCAGACCAAUCAAAAUAUGAUGAGGGAUCUCUAAAAGACACACCAGAGAAAAUAGCAAAAGACUCUUUAGCAUUGGAGCUUGAACCAUUAGUUCCUGCCAAAACGUCCCCGAGGCCAGUCCACUUGGACGUACCCAGACCGAGGAUAGAGGCGUCUCAGGAGUCUGAGACGGACUCGGAUUCAUCCCCACCAACCACUAUGAGGAAGCCACCUAAAGCCACAACAUUUGCGGAAGGUAGAAAGCUCGGACACAACAAGAAGUUGAGUUUAUACAGUUGGCUAUCAUCGCCGCCCACUACCUCCCCUCCCACAUCACAAACAAAGGCUAACGUCGAGGCAGGAGUGGAAACGAAUACAGGAGAACAGAUAAAAGACUUAAUUUCCAAACCCUCCUCUCCUGAGGAACCCGGCCUGUUUAGCGACAUGGUCAGCGUACCGACCAGCGGUAAACAGAUCAAAGACGAGCGCGAGACUUUUAGGAACUUUCUGCAGGCCAUAAAUCUGAUUCCAAGGGUUGCUGAACAACAAGAUACGGCCAGCACGUUCUCUGUGAGCACUAAACUGAGGUACCUACACGUGCAUUUAGUGGAUGGAGGCUUUGAUAACCUGGCUAAGAAAGGAAAGGGAAAAGGAAAGAACCGAGUGGAGACUGAGGAUAGGAAUAAGAGACGCCGCCAGGAGAGAGACCCAGUAUUCAUCGCCAGAGACUUCGUUUUUAGGUUUCUUUGUGAUGAAACUCCUCGAGAUAUUCUUCCCAAUUGGACUCCAGUUAACAGUUUUUACUCAAUGAAGGAGAACAACAAAUUGACGCAGGUCAACUUUACCGUGGGAUGUGGCAACAUCACGCAACGUGUCAAUCUCUCUUUCCUCCGUCUGGUUCUACAAGUUGUGGAUAUGCUCGAGUUACUGUCAAAUUUUGUCUCCAAAAACAAUGAAUGCGAAAUACCGCUGACAUCUGGAGACCAAAGUUUGAUGUCCCCUGAAGACCACACUGACGGGGGUCUGCCGUUGAGGUCAAAAGUGCCCCAUGCAGCUGCAAGGUGUUGGAGAAUAAUGUACCAGGUUGUUGACCUUUAUUCGUCGCUACCGCGUGAGGCCAAAACUAAGGGCUUUUUGAAGCGAAGUACCCUCGGGAGAGUAUUAGGAGCUGACAAAAUGUCGCCAGAUAAGCCACGUGAUGUCAAGAUCGACAUCGAAGACGGUGCGAUAGAAGAUGGUAAAAGGCGCCGCGCCCGCAGCUCAGGGAGUCCUGAGAAAAGACGUUCAGCGGCCAGCCGCAGCACCACUGAAGCAACUACCAUAACGGAUCAGGAGGAUGCGCAAAGUGUGAUACCGCUGUCCACAGUGUUUGGUGUAGUGACCUUACCACGGGUUAAACUGCUGGCCAGUAUUGGCGGGCUCAUACUGGAGACAGAGCUCAGAGAAAUAAGUGUGUCGUUUUGUAAGAAAGAGAAGAUGGAAAAAAGCUGUGAAGUUUCAGACCAUGCCGCGUCCUCCGUGACGGCUCAUGUAGGAAAAACAAGAAUGGAUCUGAAAGAGACGUCGAAAUAUGCCACAGGGACCGUGGUGAGCUGCAAUUUGUCUCGCUCUCAUGCUCUCUACUCUUCCGUCACGCAAUCAAGCGAGGAGAAAGGUAAUGCACUGGUAACGUUGGGAGUUGUUGACAUCGACAUCCCUCAGCACCCCGUUGCGUUACACUCAAUGAUGACGCGAAGUUCACGCACUAUAUCGCGACACAUCUCAGAGAUUCAAAGUCAGAGAUCUGUCAUAAGAUCAAUGGCGAGUCUGGAGACUCGAUCCCAGUCCCGCCUUGCUAACUCCAGGCUUUCUGGUGCGCCAUCUGAUUUCUCUAAGUUCGCUCAGCUUGUGUCUCCGUCAUCUGUUAAGCCGUUUGCUCCAUGGGAUCGUGUAGACGGACCCUCCCCACUCCCCACAGUGGCUAGAAUCUCUUUCACUUGCGUGUUGAAGGGUUUUUGCCUCGGAGCCUCGCUGCUGCCUUCUCUUCGAGCUGAGUACAAGAUUGGAAGAGUGACAGGAUCAGGUCGCACAGGAAAAAACAGCACUUUCAAGUUGGCCAUGCCGGCUCACAAUCUGAGUUUUACUUCUAAGGUUCAGUCCUUGGAUAAUACAAUCCCGCCAGCUACAGUUGUGGAACUACCCCCAGUCCACGUGGAAGGUGAACUAAUUUCCAAGCCUCCUCGGCCCGUCCGAGCCAAGGAAGGUCCUUCGGAGACUGGGGAGAGUUUUCUUCGUCGUUCCACGUCUAAAAACUAUCUGCACGUAUCUGCGGAAAUCGGUGCCUUCCAGCACAGCCUCACUACAGAUCUGUUGAAUCAUCUUGUGUUUGUGCAGAAGAGCUUCAUGAAGGAAGUGAAUGAUGUUCUUCAGCGAGUGUCAGGUGAGAGCCAACCUGUCCCUUUGUGGAGGACCGCUUCUACUGAAGAUGUGGACACCGCAAAGGAGAAAGAAAUUCCCUUGCUGUAUUCAUUCCGUCUUAAUCUUAAGGGAAUCCAAGUGACAGCUACAACUCCUUCGUCUACCGCGGUGAGACUGGAUACUGGUGUAGUGUCAUUAGAGGUGUCCAACUCAGCGCCAUCGUCUGGCCUCCUUCCUGGUCAGCUGAGGAGGAGUAGCAGCUAUGUGAAACUGUUUGGAAAAGCGCAAGUGGACGUUAAUCUCUCUUUGGGACAAUUUAACAAGAGCCGCAUCAUAGACAACGAACUCGAAUACCAGCAGUUGGCUUACUUCAAAACCAGGAUUGGAGUCAGCAAUUCAUUUCAGGACAGCAGAUCGUUAGCUGGCACAGAAGAUAAAGAGACAUUCCUGGUGACGUUGACUAAACCGUGUUUGUACGUACAGCAAGUGGCAUUCGACAAAGCGGUUCUUGUUUAUUUGAAUUAUAAGAACGCUUACGAACACUGGAACGAGCAACGCCUUGCGCUGAACAAAGAGGUUCAUUUUGCCACUCAAGCUGUGCUGGACAAACUGCCUCAGAGAGCCCCGUCUUCCCAGCUGUCGGGAUCACUUUUCCUUCAACUUACUGUCGACCAACUUGGCGUUUGUAUUCCCCUCUACAAUGGCAAUCAGGGUAUCGCUCAAGGCUUUCAAAUGAGAUAUGCUGAACAAGAGCCUGGUCCUGCUAUGGUAUUAAGGGUUGAACAGAUGCUACUCACGUGUUGCUCAAGCGUCUCUUUUGUUAGUAAAGGAAAGUUCAACAGCUUUUGUCUUUGGUUCGCCGACAAAUUUGAUACCGACACCGAGGACUGGAAACCAAACUUUGAGUCUGGGUCAACGACGCGAUGUAGUAGAUGUGUUGUUCCCGAAGGAACUUACGAACUAUGCUCCAGAACACAAAGGUAUCCUGUGACACCAGACAUGAUUAAAGCAGGGAAGUGGGUUAUGUCCUUCCAGUGGCGCAUGUGCGGUAUCGAGUUACAUUGCGACACCAACAUUGGUAAGCAUUUGUCAUCUCUGGGACAAACGCUGACCGCUUUGGCUGGUGAGCCGGACGUGGCUAACAUUGACUCGGUUACAGAACUGCAAGACAGGGACCAAACUCCGAGUACAUCAGUCGGAGGCCGAGAUGAGGUGGAUAACAUGGCAGGCAUGGUGGAUGGACGGAAAUCUAAAAAAAUCGAGAAAAAUAUGUGGGAACAGGCCCGCAAGGUUAAUGAACUGAGGAGAAAAACCGACGUGGAGUCGUACGUCAUGGAACGAGAAACAAAACGACUUCAGGACCUUGAAAGCGCAGUCUUUAACGAAUUUCGGAAAGACGUUCGGAAGAGGCUUCGGCGAAAUUCUCGGUCUGGCCGAUCGACCCAUUCGAAGGUUGCCGAUUCAGACCGAGGCAAAACUCACGGCAGGAAAGCUCUGUCCGAGAAGGUUCGGGGAUCCAGAACUCGCUCUAGAGUGCGUCGCCAAGUGAGUAGCGACCAGGAAGACGUCGAGAGCGAAAUGGUGGAGAUGGGGUCACCGCGGAGACCUGAGAGAUUUUCUACCAGCGAUGCUCCGCUGAUUACCUGCGAGGACGAGUCAGAGAACUCAAUUUUCGGAAGAUAUUCGCCAUCUCUUCCCGACAUCAUCAACGUUGGCAACAGCGCAGCUAAGUCGAUUCAUGAAGACACGCUACCGUUGCGAAGCAUGUUGCACCAAGAAGGAGAGGAAACAGGAGGACCCAGAGUGACUUUUAGGACCCCUAGUGAGUCGGAUUACGAGAGCGGCUCGUCGCAGAAGUCAUUUGCGACGCAGCAUCAAUCCCAACAACAGCAGACACAACAAAAUCUUGAUUUUGAGUUAGACGUUGCAGUAGAGAUUGACAGUGGUCAGUGUGUAUUUUAUCCUGCUGAUGAAGGGGAAAAGGACGACACUGCAGACAGCAAGAAUUCAGACAAACGAUUCCAGUUGUAUGAUCCUGCACGCGGUAAAUUUUCAUCUCCACUGUUCCAGACUACCAUUGGUCAGAAGCGACAGAAACAGAACGCACAAGAGAAACCUCAACCUGAAGAUACAAAAGUACUGUUACCUGCAGUGGAUGUCCGUGUCCACUACCAUUCUACCAUUGACUCUGAAAAUGUCGGAGUCUCCGUUUCCCCGGGUUCUAUAGGCGGGAGUCCACCCACGAUACAAGUUCAGCCAGAGACACCCACAGACAAUUCUUCUUUUAUCAGUUACGCUGAAUCGACUGAUCAAGAAGGUCGAAGCAUGGAUUCUUCAUUCAUUAGCUCUACCCAAAACAGGAAAAUCGUCAAGAGAGCUGGUCUGUAUGUAUGGGUGUUGUUCCAGUCACUACCUCAAGAGAUGGUGUUGAAACCACGUCUGUUAAGUUUUAUUGAACAAGCUCUGCAACCAAUCAGCGUCCCAGGUGGAGACGAAGUGGUCGACGGAGGGGGAGGCAUAGCCUCAGGUGAGGACAGCGACACGGAGGUAGAGAUGGGAGGCUCUGUGGUGUCAUCCUCCAUGUCCGAAUAUUCUUCCUUUCCUGUAGAUGUGGUGGUCGUGAUUCGUGUACAGCCAUCUGAUAUUCGCUUCAGCUGUCUCCCUAUUUCACGUGUGGAGUGUAUGCUGCGACUUCCUGCACUAGAUGUCGUUUUUUCUUCCAACUCCAGUCCUAACAAGUCUCUAGUACAAACACCGUCUUCGCGACUCCUCGGCCGUGAUCAAUCGCGUCUUAGGACAGACCAGAUGGAAAACAGCCUGCCUCCAUCCUCGUUGACUUUUGACAGCGGUGGUAUCAGCUUCACCGUAUGCCUCUCCCGCUUUUCAUUCUGCAUCUUCCAUCCAUACGGGAAGCAGCACACAGGUCUGGGUCGCUCUCCGAGUGGUGGCUCCCCGGAGGCGGAAGACAACCUCGAAGAAAAUCGUCCGCGGUUCCGUUUUGCACCGUCUCAACCCUUAUCUGGUAAGAAGGACUCGCUGAGUUUGAAUGUGGAAUUCGUCAAGUUUAAUUUGUCACGCAGAAGGGUUGGGUCUACUGGUGGCUCGACGGAAGAUAAGAGUAGGACGCCAUCACCUGAUCUUCUGGCUGGGACGGGGACUGGAUCCUCAACUGUUGUCAAGGUUUCUGGUAUCUGUGACAUUGGCUCAGCAACCUUCAACUACGACAUGCGCCGUUUGAACGAGAUUCUGGACUUUCCAAAAGCUUGGUACAAGGGUGGACUUGUCCAGCGGUUAUUCUUAGGAAAGGAGGGAUCUUACGCCACGAAGACGUCAGCGAUGACAUCUGAAAUGAGCCCUGAUGCAGUUCCAAUGAAUAAAUCCUCCGACGAGGACAGGAGAAGAUCUUUGUCCCUCAACGAGAGGGAGACCUCUGCAGCCGCUGCAACGCCGGCUAAGCUUCGAAAACAUUCCCUAUUUCGUUCCAUGUCUGAGUCUCACGAGGAGCCGCCACCCGUCACUCCGGUAAAAUCGCCCGUAAACAAACAAAGGCCAGGUCAACGGAAAAUGGCGUCGUCUGGCAGUUCUUUCUUCGGUUUACUUCCUAGUUCUCCUGGUCUCUUGCGGUCAAUGACAAUUAGCGGAAAUAGGAGCGGAUUACUGAGCCCCUCUGUAACCUCGCCUCCAAACAGAAAACGGCCUUCAACCUCAGCUGGGAUGAAAACCAAACUGCCUGAACGCCGUGGACUGAAAGUCAUCGAAAGUUCAUCAGAAACUGAAGUUGAUGGUCCUCUGAGCCAUUCAUCUUCGUCCAGCCUCGCAGGGACUCGGUCCAAAUGGGAGACAGUGGUUGUCGUGGCUGUUAAUCUUUCUAGGUUGGACAUGUCAACAAAUAUGGGCAGCGUGAUGGGACAAACACUAUGGAGUACAAGUGACCUUCGUUCUCAGUGUCACAUCACUCUCACAAAUAUGGGUCGCCGUGAGCUGAAGGGAUCUGUGAGUGUUCGCCAGGCGGUGUAUGAGGCACGAAGUGGUAUUGUCGGCGGACAUGUUGAAAUACAAGAGCUCAAAAUGCGAGCCCAAGUCAACGAAGAGCGAGGCUGUAACCCACAGCAUCUUAUUCACUUGGGUCUACGGUACGCUGAGGCUCGUAUUGACUACAUGGGAACAUGUAUACUUAUGGGAAACCUCUCCGCGUUCAAGACUGACCUGCGUGAUGAAUGGACGCUACAGGAGACAAAGAGCCCUUCCACUGACUCUCUAUUCGAACAGGAACGUGAACCAGUGAACGCCAAAAUCUACAUGCACGGGGACUUGGCGUGGAAUGAUUUCAAGAUAAUGAUUUGUCGUUCCACUACACCCGACAUAGUCAAGAUGGUCGCCAAGAUUCAGGAAUUCGUUGCCCAGCAACACCGAAACAGCAUCCGCGCAUUGUCCUCUCUUCGUCCUCACAUACCUCUCAUCACGGGGGAUGUGAUGUCGUCACUGUCUACGCCAGUCUCCACGGGAUCUCAAGUCAAAGAAGAAAAUAAAGAUGGUCUGAAAUAUCAACAUUGGGGAAAAGUGCUGAACGCGGUCAGAGGCCUUAAACUGAGCAUGCUCAGUAGUCCCCUACCAGAGAGAGGUGUGUUGCUUGGAGGGAGCUUGACUUUACACGGCAAGGCUGUCUCUCUGGCAUGUUUUCACGGGGUGAACUUUCGCUCCCAGUCUUGGGUAUUGUUCACGCUUCAGAGACCAUAUAUGACGUUUACAAGCAAGGUGUGCACAAUAGAGAAAAGCUGUCAAGUUAGGCGCGUGAAAGCCGUGCAGGAUCUGUCACUCAAAUUGGGGCAUGGUGCAGAAGACUCUCUCAGUGGAAAACUCUCACCUUCUUCAGCGCACGUGGGAAUCGUCCAAAAAGUUGCUCGUGGUAGGAGGAACCCCCCAUCUAUGGGAAGCACUGUCCAGGAUUGGCUCAACUAUGUUUGUGCAACCGGGGGGGACAUAAGCCCGUCUGAUAACACCGCCCCCAGCAGUUUUGAUAAGCCUCGAGAACGCUCAGAGUCCAUGACAGCAUCUGGUAAAGUUGCCUCGAAAGAACGACGAGCAAGUAUCGGUUUCCGAUACGAACACGAGACGGAGGCGAUAUUCGCUAUUCCAAAGUUUGAGAUGGAAUUUAGAUCUGAACACGACAUGCCGAUGACAUCGAUCGCCUCCAAGUGGGUCCGUAAACAAAAAUGCGCACCGGUGGUCAUGCCCAUGGCUGUGACACCAGCCAGUCCGCACGUGGUGGAGACAAGCCUUACAUCAACCUUUGAUGAUGGGCUUUGCGUAACAAUAGAUGUAGGUCUUUUGUUCUUCUUACAUGACGUGGUACAGACGUAUAUUAAAGAAAACGAGACCACGACUUCAGGUUCAAUUCCCCGCGGGAUGUCACCUCCCUCGCGCGUGCGCAGAGAGCGCAUGGCUGAAAAAGAAGACCGAGAGAAAGCUCCCAAAUCGGAAGCCAAACGAAUUCGUCAGUUCCGGAGCAAGUACUGGAAGCUAGAACCUCGUGUUCGCUUCUUAUCCUGGGCAGGAAAGAACAUGGAUCCCGUCAACAUUGACUGGGUUUUACAGAAGCUUGGUUUCUCGCAUGCGCAGUUGACCAUCCCAAAGUGGGCGCAGCGGGGGGCCAUGGAUCCAAUGGACGCGUUUUUGUCGCUGCUGGCUGAUAGACUUUUUGCAGGAAUGCAGGAGAGUUCGUCAUACCUUGGUGACGAAGAGUAGAUUAGCCGUGUUACCAGUUAAAAUUACGUUAUUUAUCAAGUCUAAUUCGAUAGAUAUGUAAAAGUUUCGGUCGUAUUAACACCAAAUAUUCUUUUUCUGUUAGAUUGCUUUUUUUGUUUCGUUUUUUAUGUUAAGGACAAAAUAUUAGGGAGGCUAAGCGCAGACGUUUUUGAGUCGCGUUUGGCAGCCUCAUCGUUUGCUGCAGGUCUUUUGCAUGGAGAGUUUGGUUUAAAAUGCCAGGACAAGGACUUGACGGUUGAUUGUUUGUUGUCAAAGUGCGUUACAUUUGCAACCACCGUAAAAAUUGCGCUGGUGGUUGUGGUAAUCUUAGUAUUGGUAAGCUUGAUAAACAAAGAUACAUUUAUUUAUUCAUUUGUUCUUUCUGAUUGGAGUUAGUUAGCACUUGUGAAUAUUUUUUUACUAAUGAUCGAAGAACUGUCCACUUCCAUUUUCAGAUUCUCUGUCCAGUGGAGUUAUUCCAGUUUUUUCUUCUGAGUUGUUUUAUAUUGAAUGAGCUGAAUGUCAGUUUGCAAAUAUCGACAUUUCAGACAAUGACAGGCAAAUGUGUCAAAACACCGAAACUUAACGAGGGAAAAAUAUUUCAAUACAAUACUUUUCUACUUUCUUUAACAAAACGGACUGCCUUAAAGAAAUUGAAUGCUAGCAUUGAUCUUUGCAAAAUCUUUUAUGUAGGUACUUGAAAAAAAUAAGCCAUAUUUCAGACGGCACAGUUUCAUAGUUCAGAAAUACGUGUAGAUGUCUGACUACUAUUUAUAAUUCAAUUUUGAAGUUUUGCAUGAAAGAUGAAAUGAUUAAUCGUCAAUUUGGAAGGCUGUUCUUUGAGCUAGGUAUUAUAAAAAUGUUUAUUCCAACUUGAGACGAGUUGACAAAAGAGGAGUGCUCUGAUUUUGAAAUAUUUUGUAUCGGUGCGAGGAGUAGUAAACUUUAGAUGUUAUUCAGAUUUUUAGUAAUGAGUGAGUUGUUGAAGAUACCAGUGUAUUUCGUUUUAUUUUCAAGUUUAAAUAAAG